UGAAAAACUAUUAUCUAUCAAUCAUUUCCCUUCCACCAAAAUAAUAAAAAAGUUUUUUAUUAUACCAUAAGCUUUUGUUAUGUAAAAAGCUUAUAGACUUUAUUGUAUUUAAUAACAAUGCAAGAAUUGUGGAAGAAAGCCGCACGAAAAAUUGAUAAUAACAAUAAAUUUGUUCAUAUUGUUGAGAAAAUUCAAGAACAUGUGGCAAGUAAAGAGCAAGCAGAUACAGAUACUGAUACCGGAUUUAACUAUAUUAUAAAGCGGUCAACAUUUGCACCAAUAUGCUUUGGAUCAAAACAAGAACGAGCUACUCUCCCCUUAUCUGGACCUGGUUUAUCAUCGUUUAUGGCAAGAUCCAUAACUUCAGAACAAUUUCCAGCAUUGGCGCCCAAUAUUUAUGAAAUCAAAGGACGAGAUUGGUCACAUGAAGUGUUGAAUAAGAAAAGGAGCGUGAAAGGAUUGAUUGGAGAAGAGCCACGUUUUCGGGAGAUAUUCAAAAAUAUUGCACCACCUAGUUCCAAAUAUAAUAUACGUGUAUUUCCAAAGAAAACUAAACGCAACAAAGUACCAUUUAAGCAAUCAGCUAAAAGAUUUCCACCUCCGAUAUCCAAAGAUAGUCCAGGGCCAGGUAGUUAUGAGAUAUCAAAAAAACGAAAAAUUCCAUUUAUUCAAACUUUUGGAGGUUCAGCUUCGCUAAGACCUGCAAUACCCAUUGAAUGCGUACCAGUGAAUUUACAUACUUGUGAAAUGUGUCAUUUAACGCCACUUAUUGAUUUUUGGCAUAAAAAUUACACAACUUUUAUGUGUGUUCAAUGUUACAGUGAGGAAUUUGAGGAACACAGUAAAUACACAACAAAACAACUUCGAGAAUUCAAGUUAAUGCGAGAUUGCUCAUUUAUGCAUGACCAUCAAGGUACCAACACAUACAUAACAACCCUGCCAGCAAAGUAUAUAAAGAAGAAACUUCUAAUUGAAACAUAUUUAAGUCAGUACUUUGAUGAAUUCAUACCGCAACCAGUUCAUGAUCUACCUGUACAAUUAGUAAAUGUUUCGAAACCUGAUACAAUCAAUUUCAAAGAUACAACUCAAUUCUAUACACAAUUUAAGCAAUAUUUAAUGCGUAUAGCUACACGUAAAGCAAGUAAGCGAAGUCUAUUGGUUCGUAAUGAUAACGAUUCGAUAGACGAACUUUAUUAA